UUGCGAUUCGAUUUCUACUCGAUUUUGACAUUAUUAACUUAGGAGAAUCGGGCCCCUGUUUCUAAGCUACCAGUAUCCCGAUGUUAUUGAACUUUGUGAGUGUAUAGUGUGUACCUUUAAAGCGAUUUCCAGGAAGAUGGUGCUCUUUUUAAAUAGCCUCAUUGCGAUAACUUUACACAAAGGGAAGUUUCCUUUAAGUACAAGUCAUUGUCUCACUUGUAUACCCUUUUAAGAGUACUCAGCAAUUCAGGUAAUAAAUAGCUAAAUUCCACUUAGUAAACAAUAAGGAGUUCUUAAUAUCACCACGCUACCUAUAGGUAACGAAGUUCUAGACUAGGCCCAUAACGGUAUGCCUAUCAGUAACUCAAUAUACGCACUGCUGGAUGUGGUGCAAAAAAAAAAAAAUCAAGCCACAUUCGCAUGGCAUCGCACGAGCACCCCAAAAAACGGUACGUUCAAAAAACAGAACUCGGGCACUCUAGAGGGCUACAAUAACGAGGCCUGUAGUGGUCCCGUAGGUAACACCACGAAUACCGAUUUUCAAGUUGAGGAAAGCAGCACAUAUUUACUAACACAUGAAAAGUCUGAGUCAUUGCCGAUCUAUCUACUAUCCUAUAACGUACCUACGCCAAAAUUCUUGAUAUCUAUGCCCCAAAUAGGCCAACAUAAAUAUUAACAAAUUACAAAAGAGCUUUUAUCGUCACGGUAGGUACUGGCAGCAGAUCUUUUUAAAAUACUUUUCAUAAGGCUGGUAUGUCAUAUAAAAUUAAACAAGAUUUGGUAACUUCUGGCCUGGCAGAAAAAGCAUUGAAAACACAAUUUACGAUACACCUAAUUUCUUGAAAAUUGAAGAAAAAAUUUGCUUUAACUAUGUAAAUCAUAUAUUUAGCGCGUCAGUUAGUCAAAACACAAUCAAAUAAUAUUUGCCUCGAAUCGUGAUAUGGAGUUUUUGGAUUCGCUGGAUCUAGACACGAUCGAUAAGAAGUCGCACCGGGUGCGGUCUUGGUAUCUGUACGAGCAAUAUAAAUCUCUCGAAAGAAGUCAGUUGGAUGCCGCGCAGAAACUGAAAGAUCGCUCCUACCAGGAGAGAAUUCUGCGCCAGGAAUUGUCGGAAAGACGAGCCAGACGCAAACUAUACGAUCAAUUCGGACUUUGUCAUAGCGAGUCCAGAUUAAAGAAAGAGAGGAGCGACAGCACCAGGAGUUCAGUGAGUGCCAGUAACGACGACUUCUUCGAGAGUUUCUGCGUCUUGCAAGACGACGAACGUGUUACCCAAAUUACGGGAACAGAGUUUUCUGAAGAUUCCUUCAGUCAAGACGGCUUGUCGGCUAGUAAAUGCUGCAUAAACGAUUUCAAAACUGAAGAGCACAAGGAUGACUGCAGCUAUACUGAGAGCGUAAAUAGCGUAGUAGAGAAUUUAAAACCUUUUAACGACGAGUUUUUACCAACAAAAGAGAACAUGGAGCUUUCGCAGAACUCUAUAGUAGAAGAUAUAAAUAUGCAACUUGACUCGGUCAAAGAGGAUAUUAUAUGUUUAGAAAACUUAGCAAAAAUUGAAGACGUCGAUAAAAUAUCUGAAGACGAAAGUUUGAACACCGUUGAUGAAUGCGAGUCGAAGCCUGAUACGGUUAGCGAAAAAACUGUUCAGGAAUAUAAUAAUAACGUAAUCGCAAUAUGGUCCCGGCUAGUCUCGUUCGCAUAUCAAGUUGUACAAUUAAACCAUGGCAACUGCUACUGUGACUACAGCUCGCAGUUCCUGACGGCGGUGCUGGCGUGUGAUGUGUUGCGAAGGGGCGUCAACAGAAUGUGUAAUAUUUUGCAGCCUUACGUCUCACCAAUAAAGUUUGCUACUGACGAUUCGGACGUGUCCAACCCGCUUUUUAAUUUAAAUAUUAAACGGAAAAAAUUAGUACAAUCAAGAAAAUGCAGGAAAAUAUGUGAUAAGCCAUUAUCAAGCAAGAAAGCAAAAACAUGGUCCAAAACAAGACGGUCAAAUCGAAAAUACUCAGAAAACUGUUGGCAACCGCUUAGUAAGAAUUCGAUUGGUCGGACCGAUACCUAUCCGAGGACUCGGCACGCGAGCGAACCAUGGCGCAGUGCUGCCAAGUUUUACACUUCCAGAGACGAAUACAGCCUCCCUUCUUCCGCAAGUAGCAGUAUAUGGCCAGACAUUUGGCAAGAACGAGUUCCUAAACUCUCGAGAAAACGCUAUUGUUGUUACCACAACAAGGCCUUGAAUCCGAUGUUGAAAAUAGCUCAUUAUAUAGAUAGAAUAUUAAAGGACAUUGACGACUCUAAGCAUGAUAUGUGAAAUUUUUGUUACACAUUAAAAUAAUAAUUACAAUCCCUGUUUUUCUUUGAAAAUAAUUGUAACGACAUCAGUGAGAAUCUAUACGAGCUAUUCCUAGAUAUAAUUGCCGCAGAUGAACGCAGACUUGUGCACCUGUAGCUAAAA